AUGGCAUAAAAUCUAAAUUUCUGCAUUUAUCAUCCUGAUUAGCUCAUCACUAACAUUUGUAUUGCCCAUCAUGCAUGUAUUAGAAAAAUAUGCGAAAUAUGUCUUUCUGAGCAUCAAGUUCAAUGUGAACUAUUACCAACAUUAGAAGAAUUCCAAAAUCUUUUCAUCCAGAAAUCAAACACGUUUAUGGAGAAUAAUAUUUCAACUUUAGCAAAAUUUCGCUCCAAUUUUGAGGCCUUUCUUUAAAAUACUCAAAAUAAUUUUGAGUCUAUAUGGAAAUAAUUGAGAGAAUCCAUAAAUACUUCACUUGGUAACGUAGAACAACUAAACGAAACUCUAUUAAAUUAUAUAACAUAUAGAAAUAAUCCUUUUGAAUCCUCAGGUAUUUUGAAUUGUCUGAUCUCCAUAAUUCAAGGAGAUUCAUUUGUAGAAUUGAAUUCAUUAUAGAAUUCAUACUAUCUUUAGGCUAAUAAUUAUCAAAACUAAUUAGAUAAAAAAUUGUCCUCAUUUUAUGAGAGCUUAAAAUAAGAAAUAGAAACUAAAUUACCAAAAUUAUAUUCAAUUCCCUUACUUUUGGAAGUUAAAAAAGAAAAAGAUAUAUAAAACAUAAUAAAUUCUUACAAUAUAAAAAUUGAUUAAGUAAAACAAAUAGAAACAUAUAUAUAAACAAAUUAAGAUUUGAACAAAAUUCCUAUUUUAAUAUCUAAAUAAAAUGAUCUAGAGUAAAUUUAUGUAUUAGAUGGAGAGAUAAUAAAAAUAGAACCUUUGGAAUAAUUGGCUGUUGAAAAUAAUGAUACUAGUUCCGACAGUUAAAAUAUAUUUCAUUUAGAUUAAAUAUAAUAUUUAUAGUGGAUUGGCCAAUAUGAAAAAAGGAAUAAAAAAAUAGGAAGAUGGUAAGCCUUUUUCAGAGGCAAAAAAUUAGAAAAUGUAGGAGGAAUAUAUAACAAAGAAGGGAAAAAAGCAGGGCUUUGGGUAGAGAUUUCCAGUAACUUUUGGCAGUAUUAUUUUAUCAAUAUUGUAUUAGAGAAGCUUAAGUUUUUGAGAAAGGAGAAUAUCAAAAUGAAAAGAAAUAAGGUUAAUGGUCAAUUAUUUAUGAAAACUAAUAAAUGUAAAGCAUUUAAUCAAUCAUAUUAAUAGAGGUGGUGGCAAAUAUGAUGGAUUUGAAUAGAAAUAGGGUUAUUGGGUUGAAUUAAAUGAAUUAUUUUGCAAGUAAAUAUUUAAGGAUUUAGUAUAGUACAUGCUAAAUUUUUUAUAAAGGAAAAUAUGCAAAUGGAAAGAAAACUGGAAAAUGGGUAACUACAGAUAAAGAAAAAAUAAUGUAUUAUAUGAAUAGUAGUAUAUUAGAGGUGGUGGCUAUUUUGAUAUGACUGGAUAAAAAAUUGGUUUAUGGAUUGAAUUUUCAAAAUAUUUUAGAAGGUAAUUAAGACUUAUAAUAGAAAAAGCCAAGUUAUUUUAAAAGGAACAUAUUACAAUGGAGUUUAAGUCGGUUUCUGGAAUACGUUUCUUAACAAUAAUUCAAUGUAAGAGAAAUAAAGGUAUUUUAGUGGAGGAGGAUAUUUUGAUGAUAAUGGCUUAAAGAUUGGAUAUUGGAAAGAAUUAUAUGGAACAUUAAAUUAGUAAAUUAUUAAUUAAGUUUUUUCUUAAAUAGAGACCUACAUACUAUCUUUGAUGGUUAUUAUGUCAAAGGUAGUAAAUAAGGAUUAUGGGAGGCUACAAUGAAAAGUUUACGUAAAACUACUCAUAAAAUGUGAGUAUUUUCUAUAUUUAAUUAGAGGUGGAGGAUGUUAUAAUUAAAAUGGAUUAAAAGAUGGAAGGUGGAUAGAUUUACACGAUAGAUUCAAAGAGUAUUAGUUCCUAUUUUUUCAUAGCCAUUGUUUUUUAAUAUAUAAUGGAUAUUAUAAUGAAGGCUUAAAAGUUGGAAAUUGGGACAUAUUAUAUAAGUAUGAGAUAACUAAUAACUUUAUAAAAAUGUUUUUUAUUCCCUAAUUUUUAGAGGUGAAGGCUCCUACAACUAUUCUGGGCAAAAAGAAGGUUAAUGGAUAGAUGUAUGUAUAAAAUUUGAUCAGUACUAUUCCUUUUUUAUUUAGUUUGUUUCAAAUUAUUUAUAGAGGUUUAUAUCUGCAAGGUUAGAAAGUGGGAAAAUGGAGUAUAGAGCUUAAAGAACCUAAACAAAUUUCUUAUAAAAAAAUGUAAGAAAGAGGUAGAUAAUAUAAGUGGUGGGGGUUUAUAUAAUGAAAAAGGUUUAAAAGAAGGAAAUUGGGUAUCUUUGCAUGAAAGAUUUCAUUGGUAUGGAAUGUAACCAUCCAUUCAUUAGUUAUAACUAAAUUAUUUACGAAGGAAUGUACAAAAACGGGGUGAGAAAUGGAAUAUGGCAAUCGAGCACUCUAUCGAUAAGAUAAGAAUUUGAAAAAAAGUAAACUUUAUUAAACAUCUUUUCUUAGUGGUGGAGGAAAAUAUGAUCAAGUUGGAUUAAAGCAAGGCAAAUGGACAGAUCUAGAAUACAAAUCUAUGUUAGAUUUGAUUAUUUUAUAAUUUUAGCGUCUACAAUAAAUUUAAUAGAUAAUACAUAAAUGGAAUCAUAAUAUUAGAUAAUAUUUGAUUAAAAAAUAAAAUAAAAAUAUUGUACAAAAUCAUUUAAUAAUUUAUUUCAUUCCAAUUAUACUUAUUGUUUUUGAUAGUUAAUUUUGGCAUAAACUCUUAUGUAAUAUUAAUGAAAUCAGAAUUCCCAGAUUUACCAACCUCUUAACAUAAUAUUACAAUUUAUUCUGUCUUGAAGGAAUAGUAUAAAAAGAGUCCUCAGAGAAUAAAUAAUUCAGAAUCCACAAGUGA